AAGCUGAAUUUUGCCCGGGUGUAGUAAAUAUGGUCUGCGGCGCCAAAACACUCGACGAUGGCCACAUUGUUACCAUGGCACCCAAAUUGAUACAAAAUGACCUUUCCUGGAUGAAAAAUAUACCAGAACUGGCAAACGUGGAGCAUAGAUUUAUUUGUGAAAUUCCAGAUUGCGUAUCAAACCCUUGUCUCAACGAAGGAACCUGCAAGGAAACUUUUAUCGGAUUUGAAUGCAUCUGUCCUGAAAACUUCUAUGGUGCCACAUGUUCAUGCCCGAUAUUUUAUACGGUGGACGUUGGCACCACUAGACAAUAUACCUUUCCCGGAUUAGCAGUGACCCCUGCCAUGACUUCAGUUGACUUCGAGGUCAGCGCUAACAACGACGCACAUAUCGGUCUCUCCAGGAGCAACGAAAAAGAUGUUGGAUAUAUGUACGAAAUGGCCAUCGGAGGAUGGGAAAACACCGGAGGCGCAAUCCGUCGACUUACAAAUGUCAUUGAGUGGGAUAGUAUAUACCGAAACCAGCCUGCCACGCUGGCCCUGACCGGCAAACCUUCGUACGAUCACUAUCGUAUCUCCUUUGCAGACGGCCACAUCAUAUUAUAUCGAUAUGGAAACGAUAUACCUCUAAUGGAGUACAUCGAUCCCGACCCUCAGCAGGUCAACUAUGUAGGAAUAUGGACUGGAUUUGGAUCGGAUGGUUACUGGAAGUUUCCAUCGUUUUGUGUGUAAAUAUACACAACAAAAAAAGUAAGUCCCCCCUAAAUGAAAUUGCUGUAAC